GGAGGAGGUGGGGCUCCCUGCUGCUCCAGCCCAGUGCGACUCCCACCACCACCUCCUCCCUCCCCCUUUGGCACGCACCCACCCUCGGAGCUCGACGACGUGGUGGGGGUGGGAGGCGACCGGUUGAGGCAGGCAACAGCAAAGGCUGACGCACCGUGGGGUCGACGAACCCACCGGCUCUUUGAUUUUGCUACGACCGACUGACCGAGACCGAGCAACACAGGCGCAAGAAAUAAAGCCUGGACUUCACAGUCACGCUUACUUUGCCUCUUUUCCACAACCUCGUAACCUACAAGCUACCAUCUAGCACACUCAAAAUGGCCAUCACGAAGCAGACGAUCCUCAUCACCGGCGCUGGUGGCUGGCUGGGCUCAAUGCUCGCUGGAACAAUUGCCGCCCGUGAGCCCAAUGUCCAAUUCAGCUUCAUUCUGUGCGAUAUCGUCGAGCCCAAGGCGCCAAAAGGGGUCAACAACGCGCAAUUCGUCUGCCUGAAAGCAGACCUCUCCGAGCCCUCCAGCCUCGACGCCAUCUUCUCGACUCCCUUGGGCAAGCCGGACGUGGCCUACCUUAUGCAUGGCAUCAUGUCGCUGGGCAGCGAGGAGAACUGGGAUCUGGGCAUGAAGAUUAACAUGGACUCUGUACGCAGCGUGCUGGAGAAGGCACGUCACUCGCGCAACGAGGCCGGGGAGGCUAUUCGCGUAGUCUUCACGUCGAGUGUGGCCAGCUACGGUGGAGACCUCCCGGAUGUGGUGACAACGGAAACUGCCUGCUUCCCUGAGGGGGCUUAUGGCUGUGGCAAGCUCAUUGGCGAGUACCUGGUCACCGAAUACACGCGCCGCGGUUUCGUCAACGGAAUCUCUGUCAAGCUCCCCACGAUCGUUCCUCGCCCUGGCGCUCCCUCGCGUGCCACCUCAGCCUUUGUAUCAGGCAUCGUUCGCGAGCCCUUGAACGGGCAGGAAGCCAUCUGCCCCGUCGGUUCCUCAGCCUCUGACCCCGUCCUCAACGAUGUCGGCGUGUGGGUAGCCAAGCCCUCGACCACUCUGACCAACCUCGCCAUGGCCAAGGACAUCGUGGCUGACCCGCUGCUGAGCAAGAAGAUGCUCCGCUGGACUCGAAGCGUCAUGCUGCCCGGCUUUACUGUGAACAUCAGCCAGAUUAUCGAGGCGCUGCGUAACGUCCGAGGGGACCAGGCGGUGGACUUGAUCAAGUUCGAGCACGAUGAGACUUGCGCCAGGAUUGUCAAGUCAUGGCCUCGGGCUUUUGAGACGAAGUAUCCCUUGUCGUUGGGCUUCAAGAUCGAUGAGGACGGAUUCGAGGGGGCGAUCAAGGAGUACAUGGCUUCGUAUGCGUAGUGUAUAGGCGUGAGG